CCGGCCAGACCUGCGGCCGGGUGGGGGCCGGGCCUGGGAGAGGGCUCGAUGUUCUGCAUUUAACAUUUGAACUUCUCCUAUCCGAGGCAGCAGGCCGUUUUGUCCUGGGGUCGCUGACCCUGGCUCCCCCUUCAGCCGCCCUGAAACCUUAAUUGAAUGACAGAUGGUCAUCUUCAGGGGCGCCAGAAGCUGCAGGCCGCCCGCCGCGCGGGGGCCGCGGCCCCAGGCCCCAGCGGUCCCGGCCCGACUCUGCCAGCGAGGGGCGGGCGGCAGAGGCAGCGGGCGGCCGCCGGGACGCGCCCGGCCCGCGGGCGUGGCGGGCUCCGCGGGCCUCGGCCAAACGCGCAGCCCGGCGCUGCCAGAGGAACCCCGAGCCUGGGCGGCCCCGAGCGUCGACAGCUGAAGCCCGCGAGGCCCACGGCCGGCAGGCCGCCGUCCGAGGCCGAGUGCCCGGCCCCGGGCGUGGCGCGCCCGCCGCACGCCGCCUGCCCGGGGCCGCCGAGAGGCCGGAGCUCCGUCCCCGGCGGAGUCCCCAGCAGCCGCGCGGGGCCCCGGGUCGGGCCCCCCGCGGCUGAGGCCCGCGCCCUGGGAUCGCACAGCCACCCCGCUGGGGCCGCUGUCAGGGCUCGGGGGUGAAAGGCAGGCGCCCCAAACCGCGCUCGGAGACGUCGCGGCCCGGCUUCGCUGCCUCGGCCGCCCGCCCGCGCACCGCGUCCCAUUCUUUAAAAUAAAAGCCGCGAGCCCUACAAUUACUGGGAUGACAGCGAGCGGCUGGGAGCUGUUUAUUUAUGGCUGCAAAUGUGUUUGAGCAAGAGAGAGGGAGAAUUGAUCUUUGCUUGGACUUAAAGAUGGAGCCGAAGGCGCUAGAGGGAACGUGGGUGUGUGCGUCUAGCUCAGACCCUGGGCGCCGAAGGGGGCCGCUUGGCAAAGAGCCCGAGAUCUUUCUUCCACGCAACCCUCACCUCGCGACCCUGCAGGAAUCCGCGGGCUCAGGAGCGGCCUGGCUGACCCACCUGCCCCGGGCCGAGCUACCGAGAAAGGCUUCGUGGAGGGGGCCAUCCUGUCUGUCUUUAAAAUGAGCGCAAUAAAAG